AUGGCGGACCUGAGCCUCCCCGCAUCCAACAUCAAGCGCAUUGUCACGAACAAGCUGACAGAGCUGCAGGGCGCCGACGGGAAGAAGAUCCAGGUGUCCAAGGAUGCGCUGCUCGCGCUCGGCGAGGCCGCGAAGGUCUUCAUCCACUACGUCUGCGCGGACGGCUGGGACAAGUGCAAGGACAAGAAGAAGCAGACCCUGACUCCGGACGAAAUCUUCCGCGCCCUGGAAGACACGGGACUCUCUGCCUACGUCAGCAAGGCGGACCUCGAGCAGGCGCUGGCGGCGUUCAAGGCGCAGAGCGGCAAGAAGGGCCGCGGCGCAGGGAAGAAGAGGGCCCGGGAGGAGGACGACGACGACGCGGGCGACGAUGAGUGA